AUGAUCAAACAAUCGCAUGGCCUUCCCUCUGCAGGCCUAGGACUGGUCCAAAACUGGGGAGAACCGUUCAUGAAAGAUCCUGCUAAUCUCAACUACGGGCACACAUUACCCGAAUUCGAAAAAGCCAAAGCACCGCCCUCGAACGGAAUUUUUGAGAUCGAAGAAGGAUCCAUAUUCAUCUUUCCCUACAAGAAUGGAACAACCCGCACCGUUCAGCUCAAGCGCGUUCUCUUUCGUUCCCGUGGCAUCGUCGGUCAAGGUACUAUUGUUGUGCGGGUUGUAUGUGCUUGUACUCGCUGUGCUCCUAACCACUGCGACUGGAGCAGGAAGAAAGUUGUCCUGAAGCUCAGCUUCCCCAGUGUCAACCGAGUCUCGAAGAAGGCUUUCAUGCACCGCUGUAAGGAACAAACCAAAGGUGAACAUACCUGGGCUUUCAACCAUUUGCCGCAUAUCUACUGGAAAUUUGAUAUUCCGUUCCAUGAACGUCGUCCGCAGGCUUAUUUUAAGGAGAGGUUCGGGGACGAAUACGAGAUGCGUCUUCUACGGGGCUCAAUACAGGAAGAAUUAGAACCACUCUUAAGCUUGAAGACUGCAUCGGAAUGUGCUCAAGUCUUCUAUGAUAUUGUACAAUGUCAUCACUGGGUUCAUACUUAUCCUCAAAUACUUCAUCGGGAUAUCAGCCACGGAAAUAUCAUGGUGCGCGUCAAAGAUGGGAAGAAAUAUGGAGUCUUGAACGAUUGGGACCUUGCAAUGUGGCUGGAUGAACGAGACGGAAUUUCGAUUUCGCAAUUUCGAACUGGCACCCGUCCUUAUAUGGCUCAUGAACAACACUCGCCUGAUUGGGAAGGCCCGCAUCGGUAUCGUCAUGAUAUGGAGGCUCUGUUUUAUGUGAUUCUUUUGCUCGCUACCCUUUUCUCCAACCCUAGUGAGAAGGAUGAUGAACAUUCUAAGAAAAGACAGCCCUAUACAAAGUGGUAUACCGAGGGCGACGAGUUCCUCCGCGUCAAGAAAAUCAGCAUCAUUUUCGUUGCCUCAUGGCAACCUACCCUAACGCACUUCUUUCGUCCUUUCCAUGGAUGGCUCAAAAGACUUCACGACACCAUGAAUGACGGCUUCCACGCAUUACAUGCCCACAUUGUCCGACAACGUGAUGCACCGCGACAAAUAUUGCAGUUCGAUGAUGAUACCUUGAACGGUCAUUUUUCAUAUGAUCGUCUUGUCUGGAUCAUGCAUCAAUUCGGCGAGGAAAAACUUGAAACCCAUGGUCGUGAAUGGCAGGGAAAACUGCAGGAGCUGCAGCAAGCCGAGGACGAGAACAAGAAAUGA